CAGUUAUGAAAUGAAAAAGUUUUCAAAUCUGCUUCGUAGUUCGCUUGAUUUGUUCGUAGUAUUUUGUGAAUGAAAAAUGUCCAAAUUCAAACUCUUCAUGCGCAAUUACCUGGUGUCGAUCGUGAUGAUUCCGUCGCUUGUCGGAAUACACUGGGGUUGGUACCAGUUGCAGCAGAACGAUGCCCUCGUGCCGGAAAAUGAACGAAAAGAGAUGCCGCUGGCCAAGCUCCUCAAAAGAACCUGGAACUCUGCUUUUUCGUCUCUAACCGGAUCCGAAACGACGAAACCGGAUGAUAAGUAAGAUGAUGAAACUGUCUUUCAAUAAGGUGUGUAAAUAAAACCAUUUAGUUAAUUAGCGACUGCAAAAAGCUCACAAUAUAAUGUCACAACGGGUAGAAAAUAAUUAAAAUC